AUGCCUCGUCAAACGCGGUGUACUGCUUCGCCCGGCGCUUCUUCCGACGAGACGUCACCGCGAGGAGACGAUCUUCACUUCUGGCGGAUGGAAUUAUCAUCUCCUUCAAGUGGAGAUGAUCUCCUCGAAGUUCCGGGAGCUUCUCGCAUGGGCCUGCUUCGUCCUUCGCACGCGCCUGGCAAGGACAGAGGCAUCCGUCACACGGCGUAUGAGGAGCGGUUGGCGUGGCGACGCUUCUACUUUCGCACGGCGGAGCUUUUCUCGGCGCAUCAACCUUCAUCUCCGUCUCCCUCUCCUGGUAGAAGGAGCUGGUUGGGAGCUGGCGGCGAGCAAGGGAGUCACACGGGGAGAGCACUCCCUCUCUUGAAGGAGCUGGAUGGGAGCUGGCGGCGAGCAAGGGAGUCGCACGGGGAGAGCACUCCCUCUCUUGAAGGAGCUGGAUGGGAGCUGGCGGCGAGCAAGGGAGUCACACGGGGAGAGCACUCCCUCUCUUGGAGCUGGAUGGGAGCUGGCGGCGAGCAAGAGAGUCACACGGGGAGAGCACUCCCUCUCUUGAAGGAGCUGGAUGGGAGCUGGCGGCGCGCAAGGGAGUCACACGGGGAGAGCACUCCCUCUCUUGAAGGAGCUGGAUGGGAGCUGGCGGCGAGCAAGGGAGUCACACGGGGAGAGCACUCCCUCUCUUGGUAA